GCGGCUAGGAGCUAAUAAUAGUGACAAACGCUGCCAUGUCGGUGUUGUCUCUCGCCAUUCUGCUGUUGGUCAGAGGGUUUACCGUUUCUGCGGCAGGCAACUGUGAAGUGUGUGUGGACUUUCUCUACGGACUGUAUGGCAGUCUGACGUCAGCCCACAGUGAACUCACUUCAUCCCUGGUGGAGGAAGAGCUGAUCCAGGCUUGCACUGUCGCCCAGGGGAAGGAAGCAAGGCUGUGUUACUACCUGGGAGCCAGUAGUGACGCAGCAACCCGCGUGACAGCAUCAGUGUCUCAACCUCUGGCCUCCCAUGUCCCCAUUGAGAAGAUCUGCCAGCGCCUCAGCAGCAGAGACACGCAGAUCUGUCAGCUCAGAUAUGAGCCUCAGCUGAAGGAUCUGAGCAGCGACGGGCUCAAAAAGCUGAGAGUCUUGGAGCUGAGGAACAUUUUAACCUCAUGGGGUGAAGAGUGUAGAGGCUGUCUGGAGAAACACGAGUUUGUCAGCCUCAUCCAAGAGAAAGCACCGCUUCAUGCUCACAGUAUGGAACUAUGAACAGUAACUCCUGCCCCUUCUCAUCCACACUGCAAAAAGUCAAUUCACUCAUUUCUCUCACUCCAUUUUCAAGAAUAUGCACACUGCAAUCAUUACACUGCACUGUUCCAUAACACAACUCACAAGAAACAUCUGUUUGUUUUCCAAGCUGAAGGUAGUUAUAGAUCCUGGGGAGAACAUUUUUCUCCAAAUGGGUAGUAGAGUUUUGAAAUGCAGUUUGAUUAUGAUUUAUUAACAUUUUCUUUGAGGCACAUUAUGCAGCCUGACAGAUGACAUGGUGGGAAAAAUAAUCAUUUGAACGCAUGAUUUACUAAUUCAUGCUCCCACAUUACUUAACUUAUUGUCUAUUUUUGCUAAUGUGUACCUGACUGACAGCAGCCAUACCAAUAGAAGCAUCAAUUCUUUCGUCUAUAGAAUGUCGUAAAACAGUCAAAAUAACCAUUAAAUGUAUCCAGAGGCCAAUGUGACAUCAUUAAAAUGUGUGUGUUUUGUCAAUUAUCAGUAAUAUAAAACAAAAAAAUAGUAAAUCUUCAAGCUAGAACAUUACAUUACAAUUUUAAUAUAGCAUUUGAAAUAUAUUCAUUCAAUAACUAUUUAUAAUUGUGGAGCUUCUGGUUGUGUAAAGUUAGCUGCUCAUUGAACGUAUUGAACAAGUCCACCCUAAUAAUAAUAAUAAGUUUGAUAUAGCACCUUUUACAGACAAAGUCCCAGUGUUUUACAUGAUAAAAUUCUUAAAAUUAGUCCCAUAACAGCAAAAUGAACAAGCAAAUAAGAAAUAAAAUACCAAUUAAAAAACAAACUAAAGACUUAAAACACAAAGAAUUAUUAACAUGAGACAAAAGGCAGUUUACUGUUUUUCUCAGUCGCUUUGGCACAAUUGUUGACUAUUAAACUUCGUCAAACUAUAUGACUAUUUAUAUGGACAUCAGGUCAGUUCUUUACAUGACUAUAGUCAUUUAUCAUUGAUUUAAUUCUAAUUCCACCAAGUAAG